AGGGUGGGUGAACCUUGCCCUGAGGUCUAUCACAGUGGGGACAGAGACGCUGUCCUAGGCCACACCAUGGCCAGCCCGCUGCACCUCAUCCUGUUCAGUGCCUCACUGGCCAGCCUCCUGUUGCCAGCGGGAAGUGUGUUCAUUAACCCAGAACAUGCCAAGACUUUCCUGCAAAGGGCCCGGAGGGCAAACUCAUUUUUAGAAGAGUUGAAGAAAGGAAACCUUGAAAGAGAGUGUUUAGAAGAGACUUGCUCCUACGAAGAAGCCCGAGAAAUCUUUGAGGACUUGGAGAAGACGAAUGAAUUCUGGAAUAAAUACAAAGACGGCGACCAGUGUGAAAGCAGUCCUUGCCUGAACGAGGGCAAGUGUAAAGACGGCCUCGGGGAAUACACGUGCACCUGUUUGGAAGGCUUUGAAGGCAAAAACUGUGAAUUAUCCACGCGAAAAUUCUGCAGCCUGGAUAAUGGGGAGUGCGAGCAGUUCUGCAGCGAACAGCAGAACUCCGUGGUCUGUUCCUGCGCCAGUGGGUACAUCCUGAGUGACAACGGCAAGUCCUGCAUCUCCACAGAGCCUUUUCCCUGUGGGAGGCCCACUCUGGCACGGAAGAAAAGGUCGGUGGCUCAGACCGCCCCCAGCAGCGAGGAGUCCCCCGAAACAGUCACGCUGGACGUGUACGACCCUGAAGACCUGGGUCCCACCGUGAGCCCUUUCGAUCUGCUGGACUUGAACACCACGGAGGCCAGCGCGUUGGCGGAUGAGAGCAGCCUCACCCGGAUAGUGGGAGGGAGGGAGUGCAAGGACGGCGAGUGCCCCUGGCAGGCUCUGCUCAUCAACGAGGAGAACGUGGGCUUUUGCGGAGGCACCAUCCUGAACAGGUUCUAUGUCCUCACUGCUGCUCACUGCCUUCUCCAAGCCAAGAGAUUCAAGGUGAUGGUAGGUGAUCGGAACACAGAAAAAGAAGAUGGCAACGAGAUGAUGCACGAGGUGGCGGUGAUCAUAAAGCACAACAAGUUUGACAAGAAUACCUAUGACUGUGACAUCGCCGUCCUCAAGCUGAAGACGCCCAUCACAUUCCGCAAGAACGUGGCCCCUGCUUGCCUGCCUGAGAAGGAUUGGGCUGAGUCAAUGCUCAUGACACAGAAAUCAGGCAUCGUGAGUGGCUUCGGGCGCACCUACGAGAAAGGCCGCUUGUCCACCACCCUCAAAAUGUUGGAGGUGCCCUAUGUGGACAGGAACACGUGCAAGCUGUCCACCAAAUUCACCAUCACCCACAACAUGUUCUGCGCUGGCUAUGACUCGAACCCCGAGGAUGCCUGCCAGGGGGAUAGUGGGGGUCCUCAUGUCACCCAGUUCAAAGACACCUACUUUGUCACUGGCAUCGUCAGCUGGGGAGAGGGAUGUGCACAGAAAGGAAAGUUUGGGAUCUACACCAAAGUUACCAACUUCCUCAAGUGGAUCAAUAGGUCCAUGAAAGCCAAGACCAGGGCCCAGAGUGAGCAGGAGGUCCCUACAUUGUCCCCCUCAUUAGAGUGAUCCCACCCAAAGACCCACUGGCAGCCACUGGUGUCUUGUUUUGUCUUAACACUUGCCAUUCUGAACAGGAUGAAUCCUGGAGUAAGUUUCCUAUCUGCGAUGAUUCGAUCUGCAUUGGUUCCUUAUCCUAAUUUUGCUCUUGCUCUAUUGAAGUGGGAAAUGAAAUGUUCAUUUGGAACACUAGAUCCACUUUUCCCUUACCAGGUCGGAAGAUUCCUCCUGGAACUGUUAUAUUUUAUAGGACGCCCCAGGAUGACUCCUCUGCUCAAAACCGUGAGGGAGCCUUUUCCAUUCAUGGCACGUUUUUCUGUUUCUGAUCGACCUAACCUGCCAUCUCGGCCAACCACACUCACAACACUUGAGAAUAAAUGGCCAAGGUUCUGGGAGCACAGAGAGAAGGCACAGCAAGGGUCAUGGCCAGACCCCGAGUGGGCGGCCUCACCCUGGGGUCGGGGUGGGGGUUCCCCAAGUGUGCCAGCACAGCUCCCCUACCCCUGUCGUUCACCUUCCGGGAUAAGUCAAUGGUGGAAACAUAUCCUCCGGGGACUUCCUGUGAAAGGCGGGCUGCCUGGUAAAGGAGGGCCCUGAAAGCUUCUCAUUGGUGGGGACAUUUUACCACCUGGCUUCAUGCUAGAAUCACCUGGGCACUUUCCAAAUGCGCCCAAGCCUGGGCCUACCCAGCCACAGUCACCUGAGCAACUUCCAUGCCCACUAGGAACCAUCUGCCCCCAGACCAGGAGACUCUGGAGUCCUUCACCCAGGCCACAGCACAGAGCAUUUAAAUCAGGGUCCGUGGGGUGAGCAUGGGCCCCCUAGGUUCCUACGGCUCUGGGGGCAGCCCCGGCGUGUGCAGUGUGUGUUGCUUGGAGCUGAGGGAGGGCUGCCCCCUCUUAGCCUGGGUCAUGUCUGAACGCCAGUUCCUUUCCCAUCUGAGUGCUGUCCAUGCCGGCUCCAGGCCCUCGACUUAAAUGGUCAUGAACACCAAACAUUUUAGAAAACGAAAAAGGUCAGCUCAGACCAGACCAGUGUGUUCCUAAUGUCCCUAUAGAGUUUGCAUUUUGCGUAACUUUGCUAAGCAAAGUUUCAAAGUCCCCCUACAAAAACUACCAAAAUGUCAGUGGCUUUUUUUCCCUUUUUGUAAACAGGAGCUAUUGCAAGGUUAGAGUGUUUUACAAACAAAAGACAGUGGACGGUUAGAAAAACUAAUAUUGACAAGGAUGCAGUUUCCCAGAAACAACCUGAAAGAGCAGGAAAAGCUGAGGGUGACAUUCCCCUCUUGCCUGCCUCGACUUUCCUCAGAAUGAGCCGCUGCCAAGCACGCUCCCCAGGCCCUCCCUGGAGCAAAGGCCUCAGCUGGCAGGAGACCGUUGUGUUAUUGGGUGGAGAGUUUCCGAUGCUGUUGACUGGUCUCUGUCCCAAGGCAAACCCCAGACUUGGGAUCCUGUUUCUGGAAGUCAAAAGUUGUUUGGGGUCCAGAGAGAACUCCAGGGAAGAUUCACCAAUAAAACUUACCUUUGCUGUUA